AACUUGAUAUUCAUGAGUUCAGGAAGAACUGCAGCAUCCAUUGUUUCCUGUAAAUUGGGAAACAAGAACGACUUCUUCUGGAUUUUGGUCUGCUUGCUCCCAAGAUUUCUUGGAACUCCAAUUGCAUACGUGAAUUUCCUGUUGUUCAAGGCCAUUGUGAGGAGUCCUUCUUCAUCUGUUUGCAUCCUGGACUCUUUUGGAGAGACUCGUCUAUAGAAGAGGGUGAAAAAUUUUCACACAUCUGUUAUCUGCUAUUUGCUUCACCCGUAAAAUAUUAGAAAGAUGGUUUCCUCUCAAUUAUCUGGUCUGUCCAGGACUGGCAUGUGCAAGACCUUCCAGGGCCAGGUGCUUCUUCCUAUGGGACCACCUGAUGUUCCAUCCGAUUAUGUUGAGUUUGACUUUUCAGAUGUAUUUGGUCCUACACCAGUUCAAGCCUCGAUCGAAGCUGAUUCAAAUGAAUUGAUUUAUGAUAAUCCUCCAGUCAUUUACAGCCGGUCCCAUUCUUUGGUGGGCCCCUCAACGUGUGUUAGUCAAUCAUUAAAGCUGAGCAUGCUCACUUUACAUGAGACAGAGGAUUCACUGGAACUUGUAGAGUGUGUCAAUGGAGAGGCACCAGAGAAAACUACUAGUGAUGAUGCUGUUGUACAGAAUUCCUCCAACCAUGGCAACAGUCAAAGUGUUGGGCUGGAGGAUUUUGAAGUUAUGAAGGUUGUUGGACAAGGUGCAUUUGGGAAAGUGUUUCAAGUGAGGAAGAAGGGUACUUCAGAAAUAUAUGCAAUGAAGGUCAUGCGUAAGGAUAAGAUUAUGGAGAAGAAUCAUGCAGAAUACAUGAAAGCCGAGAGGGAUAUUUUAACAAAAGUAGAUCAUCCCUUCAUCGUGCAACUCAGAUACUCAUUCCAAACAAAGUACAGGCUGUACCUUGUUUUGGAUUUUGUUAAUGGUGGCCACCUAUUUUUUCAGCUCUAUCAUCAUGGACUUUUCAGGGAGGAUCUAGCGCGCAUAUAUACAGCUGAGAUUAUUUCUGCUGUUUCUCACCUCCAUGCGAAUGGCGUUAUGCAUAGGGAUUUAAAACCAGAAAAUAUUCUUUUGGAUGCUGAUGGCCAUGCAAUGUUGACUGAUUUUGGUCUGGCAAAGCAAUUUGAUGAGAAUACAAGAUCGAACUCCAUGUGUGGAACAGUAGAAUACAUGGCACCUGAAAUUGUUCUUGGGAAAGGCCAUGAUAAGGCUGCAGAUUGGUGGAGUGUGGGAGUCCUGUUGUUCGAGAUGCUCACAGGGAAGCCACCUUUCAUUGGCGGCAACCGUGAGAAGAUCCAGCAGAAGAUAAUAAAGGAUAAGAUCAAGCUACCUGGAUUUUUGUCGAGUGAAGCACAUUCCCUACUGAAAGGGCUGUUGCAGAAGGAAGAGAGCAGGCGCCUUGGCAGUGGACCGGGUGGGAGAGAGGAGAUAAAGCGACACAAAUGGUUUAAGCCAAUCAAUUGGAAAAAAUUGGAGGAACGGCAAAUUCAGCCAAGCUUUCGUCCAGAAGUUGCUGGGAAGCAUUGCAUUGCUAACUUUGAGGAAAAGUGGACGAACAUGCAACUUUUGGAUUCACCAGCUGCGAGCCCCAAAACGAAUGACUGCCCCUUCAAGGGGUUCACAUAUGUGAGGCCUGCAGCUCCAUUUCUUCAAACUAGUAGUUCCUUUUAUUAGGACUGCAUUCACAAGACAUGGAUAUCUCAAUAUGAUUCUACGUUGGAUUGCUGUUGCUUCCAAAUUUAUGUG